CCCGGUCCCUCACAUGAGCUUGUUUAGGCGCACAUAAAGCAAGGUUGGAAGGGGGGAAGCAGUGAGUCUCAUUGAAUACAAUGGAUGGCCGCGAUGAGCGCGGUAGCGAUGCAAUCGAUACAUGCAAGAUACAGCAGGAGAAAAGAGGGUGUACACUAGUGCUAACUAAUAGGGGAGUCUAACGCCAGAAAGAGGGGAGGAAAGCUAAACAACAGCGCAGAAACGAGGUGGGUAGGGGGGGAAUUACAUGUGCGAAGCGGAAAAGAGGCGAGGAGAUGAAAGCGGAAGCGGCGAGGGAGCUGCUCAUCUAACUUCUACAGGUCCGCUAUCCCAUAACGGAUGCGGUGUCUCCGGCCCCUGCUGACCUCUCGUGUGACCGGAGCACCGCUGCUCGUAAUGUGCAGGGACAGAGGGGGGCCCGGCCGUCAUCGUUGAUGCAAGGAGCCGCUGCGCCGGGCCCCGCACAGCAGACGAGCGGGCGCGAGCAGAUUCGUUGUCCGUGCGGACAAGUUUGGGGGUGCAUGGGCACACACGCAGCGCGUAGGGCGAGCGGGUGGUGUAUUUUUUUGCUGGAGGGACGGGGAGGCAGGCUAUACCUCCUCUUCGGAGAUGGACGAGAGCGAGGACCCGGAGGACGUGCGCGACGAGGCGCGGAGGUGGCGCGAGGGCGGUCGGCCGCUGGGCGGCGAUGCGGGCGCCCAGCGCGCGUUGGACGGCGAGGUGGAGUAGAUGACCUCCUGCUCCUGCUCCUCCUGCUGUUCCUGCUCCGCCUCGUCGUCCUCGUCAAUCGUACGUAACGAGUCGGUGUCAGAUGACCUGCUCAGCGCGGGGCUGCGUGAACCCUAAUUUCGACCGUUUCGUCAGCUCUCACGGCCCGGCUUCGCAGAAGGCAAGGGACACUCGUACCUCUGAAGAAGCGUCCUCGAUCCAGGCGUUGAUCCUGCGGGAGAACUCCCGCUUGCGCAGAAACUCUGCGCGUGCGCGGCGCUGCUCGGACGUCUCGACGAACGGCUGCAGGCGGCCGCGGUUGUCGUACUGGACGGAGUUGGUGGCCCAGGGCGAGUAGCCGGCGGGGGGCGCGAAGUAGUCAUACGGGGACGGGAUAGACCCGUUCGGCGAUGUGUGCUUGCGGCCUGCGGACAUGUAGAGGGGUGCAGACGGGGCGGCGGCGAAAGCGUUCAUGGUGGUCGCUGUGGCGGGCAGGGUCGAGGGAGAGGAAGCUUUGAGGCGCGACUGGAGUCGCGGGCGGGUCUUUAUAACUGAGCGAGCCUGGGCGGUUGCGGACAUCGCUGAGUCAGGUCUGGGCCUGCAGUUGCGGACACACGCCAACAGCUCGGCAAAGGCGGUUACGCGUCUCAAAUCGGGCAGCAUGUUAGGGGUCAGCCGACGAACGGAUUUACACUGGCGCCUGUCGGCCGGGACACUGCCACCAGGAGAUGGCCAUGGAGGGCCGCCAGCGAGCCAACCAGGGCUCGCGAACGCCUCGACGAGCCCGGCACCCAACGUAAACAUGACGGCAAGACAGAAUAUAAACUCACUCUCAGCCGCGUAAUCCACCUUGCGUGCCCGCCCCGCCCCCGCGUCUCACUGGGCAUUUGCCCGACGCUGACUCAGUGCACACAUCAGUCAUGGUUACCACCGUGCUUGGCUCGCGCAAGGAACAGCCAGCGGAGGUAGUAGCAAAGCUCGUAAGCCGCUCGUAAGCUCAGCACCACCGGGAGUUUCAUCCCGAUGGACGUGCUCCGCUCAAACGCGCGCAGUAUCCAUCGCGGCACUGGUGCGAGCCAUCGUUAUCACGUACAUCUCGACUCCCACAGAUUCCCAAUCGCGCACGACCCUGUCGGUGACGUUAACGUUCCCAGAGAGACGCAGAACAGGUCGAAGGAAUAAUAGGAGCCAUGGAGGCGGUGCGUGGUGCGGCGCGAUCGAGCUCUCUCUUGCAAGUCUCUGGCGGGUUCUGUCCCGCGCGGAAGCAUUUCACCCGACCCGAGCAUUCUUGCUUCAUCCAGGUCUCGACAUGCCUCAAGUACCACCGUGGCACGGGUGACGGCAUGGACGACGGCACGGGCGACGGCAAGGGCUGCGAUCGCGAGGCGGCAGGACGACAGUAUUACACUACAGAUCCGCCGGCACCCUUCUUGACCCUGCUUGACAACUUGAGUUGUAUCAGACGUACCAACGGCACUCUCGCGACACAUUAGUAGUCUCACACUGGCCAUAUUUUGCGGGUUCUGUGUAGCUGCCCAGGGCGCUUAGCCACUCUUAGGCGCCACGUAAGACACAGUUUGCACUUGUUCGAGUCUAGACCCUGCACCGCUGCCAUUGUCCCAAGUCUCAGAUCUCAGUGAUGGAUGUCGUCGAGGGU